AUGGCUGCACCGGCAACACCAGCCGCGCCGCAAACACCUCGCCCCGCCCAGCUGCACACGCCCAACGGCACCUGGAAGCACCCCAAGUUCGACGAAAUCACGCGCCGCCAGUACGCCACCGCCUUCGACGAGAGCAACGUCCGCGUCAUCGUCGCCAAUGCCGGCCUGCUGGCCGUGUCCCUGUUCGCGGAUGCAGUCACCUCCAAGGUGAAGCUGCUCGAGUACGCCGCCACCCCCGUCCACGCCCUCGUCCACCACACCCCCUACAGCGCCUGGGCGAUCCUGGCCAUCCGCCUCUUCUUCGCCCUCAACAUCGGCAACGCCCUGCUGCCCCUCGUCCGCCGCUACUACCCAGACGACCUCGCCGACAUCCCCCUCACUCCCUCGCAGCGCACCUCGAUGGGCCUCAAGGCCAGCCUCGCCUCCUCGCACACCCCCACCUCGGCCUACGCCUCGCCCGCCUACGUGACCCCGCCCCGCUACGCACGCUCCACCCCGCGCAGCAGCUUCAGCAACCAGGGCGAGCGGCCCUUGAUCGGCUCGGACAGUCCGCGUCCCAGCCUCGGACGCUCUGCCUCCAACGCCUCCUACUCGCCCGGCCAUCUCGGCAGCUCGGCGACCAAGCGCGCGAGCUACGGCGGAGGCAGCCCCUUCAACAGCAGCCUGUUUGGCGAGAGCGCAUCGAGCGGCGGUCCCGGCACGCCCACGCCCACGCCCACGCCGUCGACGGGGAAAGCCAGCGUUGGGCUGAACAACAAGUGGCUGUACGAGAAGCGACGAGACAGCCCGAGGAGCGGCAUGUUUGCGUGA